UGCUGCGGGCCAAGGAAGAGAGCCUCGCGCCCGCGCCGCGACCUGGAGAAGUGGAGGAUGGUGGAAGGGAAGGUGGCCCGUCGCUGGCGGACACAGCUCAGGGGAGCUUUUGUUUAGGAGAGAAUGCUGAGGGCUCGCUGCACCCGGCGGCUCAUUGGCUGCGAAAUGCGAAUGUGGGUUCCCCACGCGCGGACUGCGCCCCAAGUCUUGCGCGGGGCCCCGGAUUCCCCACUCCCAAGUUGUGCGGUCGCAACAGGGAAGUGGUGUGGCCGCCAUUGUCGCAGCUGCUCCGGAAUAAGGAGGCGGCUGCGGCUGCUUAUCUGUUGGCUAUGUGUGUUCCUGCAGCCUUCGGAUAUUCAGACAAACAUGCACCUAGAUGUCUAUAGGUCCUAAAGGAAAAUGGGCACCCAACAGGAAGUGGUGCAGAUCUGGCUUGCCCCUGAUCAGCCUGAGUCUGAUCUGAAGAUUUUGGUGUUUAAGGCAUUAAGAACAUAGCCUGAAUUGUUCAUGGAGUUUUUCAUCAGUAUGUCUGAAACCAUAAAAUAUAAUGACGAUGAUCAUAAAACGCUGUUUCUGAAAACACUGAACGAACAGCGCCUGGAGGGAGAAUUCUGCGACAUCGCCAUCGUGGUUGAAGACGUAAAGUUCCGAGCCCACCGGUGUGUCCUCGCCGCCUGCAGCACGUACUUUAAGAAGCUUUUCAAGAAGCUGGAAGUGGACAGCUCGUCCGUCAUAGAGAUAGAUUUCCUCCGCUCCGACAUAUUUGAAGAGGUGCUGAACUACAUGUACACCGCAAAGAUUUCCGUGAAAAAGGAGGACGUCAACUUGAUGAUGUCGUCCGGGCAGAUUCUCGGUAUCCGGUUUUUGGAUAAACUGUGUUCUCAGAAGCGUGAUGUGUCUAGUCCGGAUGAAAGUAACGGCCAGUCGAAGAGUAAGUAUUGCCUCAAACUAAACCGCCCCAUCGGAGACGCUGCUGAUGCUCAGGACGAUGAUGUGGAAGAAAUCGGGGACCAAGAUGACAGCCCUUCUGAUGACACGGUAGAGGGCACUCCCCCGAGUCAAGAGGACGGCAAGUCUCCCACAACCACUCUCAGGGUUCAGGAAGCAAUUUUGAAAGAGCUGGGGAGUGAGGAAGUUCGGAAAGUGAACUGCUACGGCCAGGAAGUGGAGUCCAUGGAGACUCCCGAAUCCAAAGAUCUGGGGUCUCAGACCCCUCAGGCCUUAACCUUUAAUGACGGGAUGAGCGAAGUAAAAGAUGAACAGACUCCGGGCUGGACCACGGCCGCCAGCGACAUGAAGUUCGAGUACUUGCUCUACGGUCACCAUCGAGAGCAGAUCGCCUGCCAAGCGUGUGGGAAGACGUUCUCUGAUGAAGGCCGGCUGAGGAAGCAUGAGAAGCUCCACACCGCUGACAGGCCGUUUGUCUGUGAGAUGUGCACAAAAGGUUUCACCACCCAGGCCCACCUGAAAGAACACCUAAAAAUCCAUACAGGGUACAAACCCUACAGCUGCGAGGUGUGCGGAAAGUCGUUCAUCCGCGCCCCAGACCUGAAGAAGCACGAGAGGGUUCACAGCAACGAAAGACCGUUCGCGUGUCACAUGUGUGACAAAGCCUUCAAACACAAGUCUCACCUCAAGGACCACGAGAGAAGACACAGAGGGGAAAAGCCUUUUGUGUGCGGCUCUUGCACCAAGGCCUUCGCCAAGGCCUCAGACCUGAAGAGGCAUGAGAACAAUAUGCACAGUGAGAGGAAACAGGUCACCCCCAGUGCCAUCCAGAGCGAGACAGAACAGUUGCAGGCCGCAGCCAUGGCCGCUGAGGCCGAGCAGCAGCUGGAGACAAUUGCCUGUAGCUAGAGGUGAUGGGUUAGGAACACUGGGCCUGGGAGGUGGAUGCUAAGGUUGCAUUGGCUGUAGUCAGUGAACACCUUUGACCACUUUGUGGCAAUUUACAGCGUUGUGCUGGCUGGACCUAAGACAGUGCGCACUCCGGUUAGGUGAUUCUCAAGUUUCUCAAGGCAGUCAUGUUCCUACGUUCUGACCAAACAGUUUUUUUUUUUCUUUUUUUAUCUUUUGGUUUGUGUGUGUGUGUGUGUGUGUGUGUGAUGUCUAGUAUUCAUAUAUCCAUAUUCCCAGGAAGCUCCCCUACCCUUCUUUAUGGUUUUAAUUUGAAAUCUCCUUUGUCUGGUUUAAAAUGAGUGGCUUCUGUUUCAUUCUUAAUCCCUCAACUCUUGCCAAGCUGGUGAGUACACUGCACGGAGUCAUUGAAUAAAUUGAUUUCCUAGUCCCAGUAUAUGUGACUUAUGUCAAAACAGCAGUUUUAAUAACUGGAUACAAGACCUUCAUAUGGAUGAUGAAAAUGUUGGCACGCGCUGACCCAGAACACUGCAGAAGUACAAAACCAAAUUUGGAAAAAUGGAAUGGUGUUAGUUUUAUAUUUGGUUUGUGAUUUUUAUAUCUCUCUCUCUCUCUCUCUCUAUAUAUAUAUAUAUAUAUAUAUAUAUAUAUAUCAUUGUUUCUCACUGUUCCUGUGGACAAAUAAUGGUUGCUUUGCUGAAGUGUUCCUUCAUCCAUUGCAAUGGCCCCUGUACCCACCCCAAAUGCUGCAGGUCAUGUAUACCUCAGGAUGAGUGAGACCACCAGGAUGCUGGUGGUGUUGGGACUCAGUUUCCCUUUCGUCCAGUGUGGCCAUUCUGUCUGUGUGUGUCCGUGCAAUGGACCAGUAUCGACAGGAGGAGAAGAGUCUGAGACAAGGUUUUCACAGAUACAAAAAAACCCCUAAGGUUUCCUAGGUCUUCAAAUUGUGACUGAUUUCAGAAAUGGUUUUGUAUUUCAGAUCAGAAUUAGGACAAGCAACAGAAAUGUUUCUUCAAAUGCGUUUUUGUAGUUUACAGAUCGUCAAGCUUGGGGGUCUCUGCAUCUCUGCAGCACUCAGUUUCCCAUGGAGGAGAUGCUUUACUUAAAUAAGUCUGAAAUCCUUUAAGUGUGUAAAUAGUAGUGUUGGUCUUAUGUAUUUCGAGAAAAGGGACAGCUGCAUUUUUUUUUCUUUCCUUGUUAUUUUUUUAUACAGUGGAUUAAAGUACCUUUCAUUGGCAACAAAUAUCAGACCCCUUUAACCAAUAUUAAAGACUGUCAGACCAAAUGUUUAUGUUUUCCAAAUAUGUCUCAUCACUGGUUGCAGUUUUCAAUAGAAGCUGAUUGCCCUGUCAUAGCCAUAAAUGGGAAUUAUGAACUUUGUUUCAGAUUGGGUGUACUAAGCGCUCCUUUGACUAUUUCCUUAAGGAUAGAUUGAAAUGCCCACAGAGUUUGAAUUAUGUUCUGUAGGAAAGUGUAGACAGUUGUUUUAGGAUGUGUACAGUUGUAGAAGGUGCCAACUUUAAAAGUUCAUGUUUGGUUCUUAAGGUUUUCUUUAAAAAAAAAAAUGCAUUAAAGUAAUUUCAUGACAUGGCCUGCUGUACUAACAUCUGUUAUUACUGUUGUGAGAAAAUUUUUUAUUUUUAAAACCGGUGUACAUGUUGUGCCAGAGAUUGUAGGAUGGAGAGGAGGCUACCUUUAAAUUUUUUCUUUAUUUAUCGUUAAAAUGUUUCAGCUUAAAUCUUUCCUGAGUGUUGGGUUUUUUUUCUGUUUUGAAGGCAAUCCCGUCAGUUCGUCUGUGCUGUUAGUAGGAGGGGCCGGACUGGUGAUCCUAGGCUGUGUUAACCAAAGCAAAUGUGAAAUCAGCUGGCAUCCUGUUGAUAACUACUUCAACAAACCAUACUUUGGGCCUUUGUUUUUGUAUAUAAAGAUAAUGAUACACUC